AAUCCUCAGAACAAAAUACAGACUUACAGAAAACAAAAAUUCCUGAAAUAGAUGUACAGCCGUUGAUAGAAGAAUUAAGAAUAGAACCUUUAGUGGAAGAUACCAUUAAAGUUGUUAAUGUUGAUAAAAAUUCUACAGAUAAGCAAUUACUCGCAAUCGAAUUG